AUGGCCUCACUGUCGGAGGCGUAUUUUCCGUCCCUGGACGAAUGCUUCUCUGGGGACGUCCAGCUCAUAUCUUGGAAAUCGGCUUUUCUACAACUGGCAAAUGCGACAAGAGAUAUAGACAGGUCCGACAGUCUAUACAAAUUUUUGUCUUGUCCGGAAAGCAUACACAUUCUAUCCAAUCCUUUCUGUCCGUUCUCUUCUCCGACCGAACAAUCUAAAUCCGAGUUCCAGUCCAAGACAGCGGCCAUUCAUAUAUCGACAACUUCCCACAGCCCUUGGGAUGUAGAUGAAAUAAAACGCGAUGCAGGGUGGUUAAGCAAGCGCACGCAGAUCGACGAGUUAACUGCGCUUAGAAUAGUCAUUUACGAACGUCAGAAUCGACCCAGUGAUCAGCUCUUGAGCCAAUUUUCCGAGGAGGAAAUUGCAAGCCUUCAAGAGGCCAUUGGGACUGGUAACUUGUCUCAUUCUACAAGAGGAGCGCAGGCUGCCGAGAUUUUGAAAUAUAAGGGAGACCAAAUCCUUGAACCCAUUGGUUUUUCAGCUGAGGCACUGAGGCAGUUCAAGUUAUUCCAGCUAUAUUUGUCUGAAAAGCAGCAUAUCCUCAAAGUUUCCCAACGCCUCUUAUGCGUGGCUUUACGUGGAAGAGUACCUAGCUACCAUGACCCGGUUGUCAAACAGCCUCAAGACGGACGGGUGCAAUCUAUGUUGGAGGAGUUGGCAAAAUCAAUAUUUGGACUCCAAUCUGGGAAGGGGCUUGACGCCGUUUCCGUAAAACAAUGUAUUGAAGCGGUCCGGACCCGAAUCGGUAACUUAGAAGCAGGAAGUGGAUGGCUUCUUCCCGAUGAACCUAAUGUGGAAAUCGAGUUGGUUUGGCAAACGAACGUGCUCGAGGAGCUUAGUCAAGUUCUUCAGUUCCUGGUUUUGCAACUUCAAUUGUCGAAGACCAUUCCAUCUGCAGAACUGCUCCUCUCUUGGCUCCGUUUAAUGGCUAAAUAUGAAUUCCUUGAUAUGCUCUGUCCGACCACGGAGGAGCAAGAAGUAAUUAUCGCUCCUCUCCAGGCGCUCAUUGCAAUAGUGACGCUAUCCUUUGUCAAAAUACGAGCGUCAACCUCAUAUUUUGAAAAAGUGGAUCCCUUGUCCGCAGUUCCCGAUCUUCAGGGUUACAAUACACCUUUUUUUAUGUCUCGCGAUAAUAUCGGCGAAAUUAACGAAAUAUGUUUGAAAGCUGCCAAUGCCUCCUGUGUGAGCGCUGCCCCGAUGAUUUUCUCUUUCGCGGUCGUUAUGUUUUCGGUGAGAGAAAUUGCCCUUGCUACCAAGGAGGAACGUGAACUUCAGCAAGCCCAGCAUGCCGUGGACUCCUUCAAUAGCAAUGCUCCAUCGUCAUCUCCAUCACGGCUUGUAGAGCAAUCUACUUUCGAGGAUAUUUUUGAAAAGGCACGCAACCCAGCCUUUGACGAAGAUUUUGUGAAAUUUUUAGUCACAAGUUCGGUUGAUAAAUGUCAUCUUUUUGACUUCAUCGUUGCCCUUAUCGACAAUAUCAGACCACUCUCUGGUCCUGGGGAUGGUGGGCUGAUAAGUCGUUGGAUAAGAGUGGAACUUUUGGAUCUGAUUCGCGCGAGCGUCGAACAACUGGACUAUAUUCCUGAAGUGUUAUCGUCAGUCCUGUGUAUUAUCUCCGGUUCAACGGAUGAUUGCAAUCAGGUUUCCAGUUCAGACUCAGGUGAUGGUUGCGAUCCUAGGGCAAUGUUUAUACAGGACCCAGUCCUCGUUGAUCGAAUUUUCCGAGUCGCGAAAUCUCGUUUUCCCUAUGAGGCCAUUAAUUUUAUUAAAAUAUGCCGCGUGCUUUCAGGCUCCAAUAUUGUUAACGAUGAUGGCCUACUUUUUGUUGUGCAGGAACUAGAGAACAUGGAAACAUAUACACAGGUCGUCUUUCCUGGCUUCCAGGGGUACCAACCAAUCCGGGAAGAUGAAAAUGCCAAUUUCGUUGGCCUAAUCCAGCCCCUACCGAUGCAGGAAACUGCCAUGUCCAAAAACAUGGCUGAAUAUGAAUCGAGUUCUAAUGCGUUGGUUUUUGCUGAGACUUGUGUUGUUCCACAGGAAACUAUCGGCCAGGUCGUCAAUGAGUCAAAACCGGCGGUGAUUAUGUGGUAUCAUCAAUAUAACUGUCUUGGCUUUCUCGGCAUAUGGCUAGAGCAAGCAACUAACAGUCGAGGAUCCGGACACGAACCAGAAGACGAGGAGCUCGCGGAAAUAAUUGGCCUAUUUGCGGACUUGGUCACAUCUACGCAGACCAUUUCAAAACGGAAUAAUUCUGAGUCAGGAGCUAAAAGAAUUCUUGAAAUGGCCAGUGACGGGCUCGAUCGCCAAGGAGAUAUCAUUUCUGUGGUUUUUGACAUCUUCGAGCAAAAUUUGCAAAACGUCAUCAGCAGAAAAGGCUCUUCCAACCGCAGCCUUCAACCGAUUAUAUCCUGUCUACAGUUUAUUAACGCUCUUAUAUCGGUUAUUCCUGGCCGAGUAUGGCCAUUCCUCUCUCGAAGCAGCUUUAUUGGCUCAGACGGGAAAGGUGGGACCCUUGUUAAUAUUGUCUCUUCAAUUGAGGCAAGCUCUGGGGACUUUAGUCUUCUUCACACUGCUAUUCAAACAUUUGAUCUUCUCGUUGAUGAUGUAAUCACACAUUCCGCUGUUCGUCGCACAGCAGGGCGUGUUUCUGCCAAGUCUAGCCAUGUGGCUGAGUUCAGUGCCGGUAUCCCGCCCUAUAUCAUGCGCAACUUCUUAUUGGCAUUGGUACGGGUAAUGGUUGAAGCUUACAAUAGCAACGCAACCUGGAGAUACAAUAAUAUCUCCCAAAAACUUAAAAUGAACACCUCCAUUUCCCUCGCUAUUGAAAAAAUCCUCUAUUCCAUAUAUGCGGUCGAUGACACUUUAGACCUCGACUCCAAGUUAGUGGGUGUAUUCUCAAGUUCGGCAAAAUAUAUCUUGAAAGUUCUUCGACCAACAACAGUCGAAGAACUAUCGUUUAAUCCGCUCCUCCGUACUGUUCUUACCAGUCUUCAGAGCCCUAAUUCGACGAGCAACCUUCCAAACCUUCUGCUCCAUACAAGGCACAUCCAGUCAGCUCUAAAACUAUCAGAACGAUUGAUUCAAGUUGGAAAACUUGUCGGAUCUCCUAUGUCGAUGCUGGAAACUCAAUUAUUCAAAGCAUCCCCCGUAUUGAUUAGGCUAUAUGCUCUGUCUUUUGCCUACAAACUUCCUGUCAUUUCUCUCAUCGAACUCCUAAUAACAUAUGCAGCUCUAGACCCUGAUAUUGAACCGCCUUCACUCCUUGGACACUUAGGGGCCAAAUCAGCCUGCCACUUUCUUGACUGUCUCUCGAAAUUCGAUCGCCCUUUCAGGGACCCUUUGCUCUAUGUUUCAAUAUGGGACCUUCUUUCCACCAUAAUUAGCAAACGCCAGCAAUGGCUUGCUAUUUUCUUUCUUACAGGCUCGUCUGCCAGAGAUUCAUUAAAAAAGAGCGAGAAAGAUAAAUCUGCAACUAUUACUGGGCAACCUUUUUUGGGAAUGUCUCUCGAUUUAUUAACGAAGAUCGACUCAAUUCCGGCACGGGUAGCGAUAGUCGCAUUAGAUUUUGUUGCAAAGGCGCAGGAGCAUUGGAUAUGGGCCACACCACAGAUUAAAAAUCAUUCACAAUUCUUCCCAAAAAUCGUGCAUUUCGUGGCUGGCUUAGAUUUGCGCAAGUGCUCUACCCUGGAUCAGUGCCUCAAUACAAAAAUUGCCGCGCUAGUCGCGGAUAUUUGUGCAGUCCACCUGCAUACUGCGAAAGCAUCACUAGAUAUAUCUUUCAUCAAAACGAUGAUACCCUUGAUCUCCUGGUAUUCGAACAAUGGAGUCAGGGUGGACGGAUACAAUGCUUCUCUGCACUCAAACCUCAGAAAGAAUUUCGAAAUGAAGUACCCUGUUACUACAGCUGGUAAUAUGAAGCGCACUAUGCUCGUACGUCCAGAGCUUGGCGAGAACUAUUUUUAUGAUGUCGACUUGGGCACUACGUUUUUCGGGUACGAUUUUGCUUGGAAUGGGACCCGCCGUCAAGGAUUUGUAGAGGAGGUCAAACGGGCGAAUCUAAACCUGUCCCUAGUUGAAGCCCAAAUGAGUCUUCUUCAAAGUUGGAAAUUUCUUGCUAUAGAACACUGUGCAGAUUUUAUGACGGAUCGUGAAAUUCAGAAAUCGAUGGCACGGGUUGUUCGCCACUGCCUCGUUUCAAACUCACAGACAGUACCAGAUGAAAACAUUUUCUUCAGAGUUCAGCAAAUCCGUGCUGAGUUUGCCUUGGCACUUCUUCAACGGCUUAACGACGUUGGCUCCAGAGGUGCUGAAGUCUUUGAGUUGUUGAGAAUCGCAUGGGAUGCCACGCGCUUCCGAAAUCCAUCAUACGAGAGUGCUCUACUUAACAAUGACACCGAAUACUACGGGUUAAUGCUGAACAUUCUCUUUCUCGCUUUGCAAUUCCAUGUUGCGGGUCCCUCUCGAUCGACACCCGAAGCAAUCAGCAAAAAGCCCGAGAUUUCAUCAGAUUUGGUUCUUGUCCUAGAGAUUAUAAAUGUUGUAGUUGCCCAGGGGUUUAAAUCCUUUACAACAUAUUUGCACGAUGAACCGCAAAGGUGCUCCCCGAAAGAUUUUGCUGUGUUAACAGCAAUUUUACAAACCGCUCUAAGAGUUAAAGACGCGGAUCGUAUUUACGAACAGGUCUCUUUCCAUCUUGCUGAUAACGACACCCCACGAUAUGCAGCAACAUUAUUUUCUUGGUCUUAUCAGCUAACAGUUGAGGGAGACCCGGUCUACGGCGAGCUCAGCAUCUUGUUUCUUCUGGAACUUUCCUGCAUUCCUCUGAUGGCAGAGCAGAUGGCGGCAGAUGGGGUUUUGGUGAAACUGUCGACAUUCCGUCUCACGGAUGUUCUACGUCAGCCACAAGGAUGUGGUCCAUUGGACCCGAUACCCAGAUUAUUCGCAAUCUGGAAUUUAGGAUUUCUUCCCCUUUGCCUCAACCUGCUCUACAGCGUUGGUAGAGCCGCUCCAGAGAUAGCAGCCUUUCUCAACCAGUUCGAAGGGCAGUUACGUCGAGCCUCCAGAUCAUUUUCCUUCAGCCAACCCACCACAACAUCAGGAGCUUUCCCGACUAGUCAGUCACCGCUUGCUAAUAGCCAGUUACCAUCGAGUCAGCAUGUGAAGCGACUUUCUCUUGGUAUGGCUACAGAGGCGUGCUCGUUAGCCCUUAUAUCCCUAAUUAUCAGGAAAUUCCGGGAUGCGGGGGCAGGAGCCGGCGUGGAUUCCCAAAAUAUUCAGGAACUGAAGUGGGACAGGGCGCAAGUGAAAGACGAUAUCGAAUCGCUUUUUGAAAAACGAUCCAUUCUUCGUUCCCGUAUAGUUGCCACAAAUGAAAAGGAGCUUGCAAUGUCCCGGCGAGAGCCUGUAGAUCGCACCGACGGCUGUCAGUCUCAGCUAGAAGAGAAAAUUGUCAAAGAGCUCCAGACAACAGUGAUGUGUCUAACUGAUGGAGAAGGCGUUUAG